GGACUCGGCUGCCCGUGCCCAGGAAUUUCCCGUCAUGCCUCCCGCCGCCCCGUCCGUCGCCCGGAGCCGGGAGGGAGGGACGGAGGGACGGAGGGAGGCUCGGACAGCGGCGGCGGCGCCCGGCCCUUCCAUGAGCCCGCGGCGGACCCUCCCGCGCCCCCUCUCGCUCUGCCUCUGCCUCUGCCUCUGCCUGGCCGCGGCUCGCGGCGCCGCGCAGUCCGGGUCAUGUAGGGAUAAAAAGAACUGUAAGGUGGUCUUUUCCCAGCAGGAACUGAGGAAGCGGCUAACACCCCUGCAGUACCAUGUCACUCAGGAGAAAGGAACCGAAAGUGCCUUUGAAGGAGAAUAUACACAUCACAAAGAUCCUGGAAUAUAUAAAUGUGUUGUUUGUGGAACUCCAUUGUUCAAGUCAGAAACCAAAUUUGAUUCCAGUUCAGGUUGGCCUUCAUUCUAUGAUGUGAUCGAUUCUGAGGCAAUCACAUUCACAGAUGACUUUUCCCACGGGAUGCACAGGGUGGAAACAAGCUGCUCUCAGUGUGGUGCUCACCUUGGGCACAUUUUUGAUGAUGGGCCUCGUCCAACCGGCAAAAGAUACUGCAUAAAUUCAGCGUCCUUGUCUUUCACACCUGCAGAUAGCAGCUGCGCCCAGGGAGGCAGUGGGGCGGGCAGCCCAGCCCAGGCCGACAAAGCGGAGCUGUAGAGUGACAGAGUGACGGAGAGUGGUGGAAACAAAGUGUACUUAAUGCACAGCUUAGGAAAAAAAAAACAAACAAUCAGAAUUGUUUAUCUUCAUAGAUAUAUUUUUUCAAAAACUAUAAGGGCAGUUUUGUGCUAUUGAUAUUUUUUCUUCUGCAUAAACAGAGGCCCUGGCCAUCCCUGUAUUUUGCUAUUGACUAGAUCAAGGACUAUUUAUAGCUUUCGCAGUCGGAGAUAGCUUUGUGAAACAUCUUCACAAGCCACUUACAUACCCGUUGGCAUUCUUUUCUUUGAGCACACAGCUUCUUUUGCAGUUUUUUCCCCCUUGAUUAGGAGGCAGAGGGUGCGUGGUCUUCAGACGUGUAAACAGAGAUCUCUGAAGUAAUGUAGAGACCAGAGCUGGGAAGCACAGGGCGUGGAGACCUGCGAGACACAUGGCCUUGGGGUCUUUGGACAGAUCCACCUAAGAUAAGGAUGGAGUGAUGUCUCAGGAGACUUCGCAGCUUUGUGGAAAGUUUGAGCUAAGGUCGUUUUUUUCUCACUAAAAGGGUGUGAGGGUCUAAAGUCUUUCCUUAUGUUAAAUUGUUGCCAGAUCUGAGGGGGAACACUGAGUGUUGUGGCAGAGAAGUAAACAUUACCUCACCUUUAGUCCUUUAUUUUAUUUUAUUUUCCAUUGAAAACAUUGGAAUGUAAGACAACUGUAAAAUGUUGAGCCCCAUUUUGUCCAAAGUUCACAAAGAAGAGCACCUGCCCAUUGCCUUUUUAUAAGUCCUUCUCUCCACACCUAAUACCAGCUGCAGCUGGAAGGGUCUUUGGUCACUUCCACUGUGUAAAAUAAAGUACUGGGGACAACACACUUCAUCAAGGCGGCAGAAAUGAGAGAGAGCAGAGAAGACCAAGGAUGGAGUCUUGGGUACUGAAAAAUCCGAUGCCGGGCAGAAAAGCUGACAGGAUGCUCACCAGAACAAACAGAGCUUCGGCGACCUCUGAAAAGAUGUUGGGGAUCAAAAUAGAAAUAGCCAGAAGCUCAAGUUCCACACUUGCCACUAAUCUGCUGUGUGACAAGGGACAAGCCAUUUAGCCUCUCUGUGCCUAUUUCUUCCUGUAUAAACUGGGACUGAUAAUAUAUGUAAAAUGUAUUGACACUCUCAGGGCAAAAUUACUAUAUUGCUAUACCAUUAAGAUCAGUGUUGCAAAAUUAAACUGAUCUGGUUCUAAUUGCCUCAAAGGCUGAAGCCCGGGCAUUUGAAAUGGAAAGCAGCAGAGAGAAGACUGAUUUAGCUGACUGAUAUGGAAACAGUUGGGCCGAGAGCCAGAAAUUUUUUGUAGCAAUAUGGCUAGUUUUACUUUGAGCAGCUCUGCUCAGUUGUUCCAUAACGUUUAUUAUGGUGGAAUGGGUGCCAUUGUGCACGGCAAGGUUUUCACAGGUAUGAGCAGUGGUGAUAUAAGGUGACACGGUUGUAGCCAGGUGUGAAGGCAUGGUGUGUGACUAAUGCAUAUCGUGUUUGUAACUCUGAAUGCUAAUCCUGAAAUGUAGUUUUAGAAAAUAUUACUUUUUGUAAAUCUUUGAAAGCUUAUGAAGACUGACAUCUUUCCUUGUAAACCAAGACAAAAAUAAGAAAGAGGGACACUUGAUAAUUUUAAAGAAAUGAGAAAUUAGAAUGAAAAGUUGUGACAAAUCAAAAUGUCAGUGUUUCCAUGUCCACAUUCUUCUGUGUCUCCACAAGCACCUCUGGUGAAGCCUUGAUGUCCUGGUGACUUCACUGUCAUGUAUGCUGCAACUUUGUAAUUCCAGAUGAGUCAUGCUCCUGUCUGCAUACACAGUAGGAGGUUGCUGUCUGAGCUCUGGGAUGUUUCACCCCAGGCCCUGGGGUCACUCUGGAAUUCACAGGCAUCACUGCUGUACAGAAAUGAGGUGUACAAUUUAAGACCAGGCAAGCCAUCAGCAUCCAGACCUUCCCAGAAGUAUUUCCCGACCUCACAGAGGGAGCCCCCAUAUUUCCCAGCAACCCAAGGAUCCCACAUUGGAGUGGGCAAAAAAGUGAGUCUCCCAGAGCAUCGUCACACCCUGCAGUCCAUCCUUCAGAGGCACACGGCUGCCCCAGCUAUAUGCAGUAGGCUCCCCUGGGGUCCAUUGGGUACGAGCAACAGUGUUAGGGUAGACAAGGAAGAUAAAUGAGAGACUUCUUCCUUCUCCCCAGAGACUGGAUUGUCCUUGCUCCUUCAUUUUGCUGUAGGACUUAAUAUUCUGCUCAAAAGGCCUGUGUACAGAUCUUUUUCUAAUCCUCAGUCUUUGUUUCAAGGAAAGCCAGUUUUUCUUCUACCACGUUUUCCAGCAUCAACUUUAAGAAAAAUGCAACAUCCACUGAGAAAAAAAAGUGGAGUGUGUGCAUGUGGUUUAAUUCCAGAUUGCUUUUGGGUUUAAGUGGUAUCAAAUUUCAGUAUAUUUCUGUCUUGUGUUAAAGAAAUAUAUUACUAAAAUGUCAGUGAGCAAUAAUGUCAGCUGUCGAGCACUAGAUUUAUUUUUGCAGGAUAUGGAGUGCAAUGAACUGAGUCAAUAUGGUGAGGUGUAUGUGAUCUGUGGAAGUUACGCCAUUUAACAUGGGAAGUGCAAGGGACUUUCCCUCUCUGCACUCCAGCUCUCACUGUACCAUCAGACGAUGCAGAAUUCUGCAGGGUGCAAAAACUGUAGCAGGAUGGAUACUUCAUGCAGAAUGGAUCUGAAGAAAGCAGCAAUAUCUCUGUCAUAUUAGAGAACAUUUCUAUGUGUUUAAACUCUACACUUCUUAAAUGCAUUUAAAUUCUUAAUGCAGAUGACGUAGCAAUUUGAAAACCUCUCCAUGUUAAUUGUGUUUAAAAGGUCUUGCUUUAAAUAUGAAAAAUGAUGAAGGGGGAUUGCCUUUUGUUUUGAUGGUCAAAUAUUAUUUUUGGUUAGAUAGCUUUGUAAUGAUUUUUCUUCAGACAGUUUAAAACUUUUGAAAAAAUGACAUGAAAUUUUCAUUAAAAACCCUUUUCCUAUGUUUAUUAUAUACAGAAAUUAUACAAUAAAAUUUCUUUAUAAAAAU